AUGGAAAACUCCGAAAAUCCUUCAGAAAAUAAUACAAAUGAUCCAGUACCAUCUGAUACUGGUGAAACAACAACGACUCAAGAUGUCGAACAAACACAAGUUACACAUGAACAAGCGCCGCUUGAAGCCAACUCUGAACAAGCGCCGAUUGAAUCCAAUUCUGAACCAGUUGCCGAAGAAGCUCCAGUGGUCAUGAUUCAACCGCACUACACGUAUACGUACACAAAACGGCGAAGUGAAUUCGGGCGACAGUGUAUUUUCUCUGAUUCGGCGUUCACAUUGUGCGAAUUGGAUCCGGACGAAGAAUUGAAAAAGCAAUAUAAACGCGCAAACAGUGUCACUGUUGGCAUUCAGAAUAUUCCGCAAAUGGCCGAAGAUGAAGUGGCUACCGACAAUGCACAAAUGGAGAAUUUCGGUGUGCUUCAUCACGAAGGCGGAUGGCCAAACGAAAUCAACAUAGCCGAUGAGGAUGAAAAGACCACAUAUCGAAAGUCGGCCAAAGAAACCGAAGAAUAUCGAGGUCAAUUGAAGCAAAUGUGUUUGAAAAUAGAGCAUGCAAUUGCCCAAAAUAAUGCGGUUAACAUUUUCGAAGAAUAUUUCACCGCUGAAAAUCCAACGAUUGGCCGUUCGUAUAGGCCGCUAAUUGAGUCGAUCGCCUAUUUCGAAUGUCCAGUAAAACAUGAAAAAUAUAAUAUAAUCGCCAGUCAUUCAUCGAUUGCAACAAGUUCGCACGAUAAAAUGGUCGUAUCAUAUACGGCCGUGUCAAGGGGUCAAAUGAACACAACGAAAAGCGGUACUUCAUCGUACAUUUGGGAUUUGAAUCGAAAUCUCGCACCGAUUUUAGAGCUAAAAUGCCAGGCGUCGUUGGCAACCGUUGAGUACAAUGAAAAAGAUGAAGCGGUCAUUGCGACGGGUCAAAGUGAUGGCAUCAUUGCGUUGUAUGACUCACGUGCGGGUGGCACACCACAAAUGCAAUCGAUAAAUGAGUCAUCACAUCGCGAGAGCGUCAACGCAUUGCGUUGGACAAUGUCAAAGGGCAAUGUGGAGUUCUUCACGUGCGCCAAUGACGCGAUGGUUAUGUGGUGGGACGUCCGCAAAAUGGAUAAACCUCAUGAAUUCUUUCAACUCGAUUACAAUACGGCCGGCUGUACAACACUUGAUUAUACCUUUUCGAUGCCCACGCGCUUUCUGGUUGGUAUGAGCAAUGGGCUGAUUAUCAAUGGAAAUAAACGCGGCCUCACGUACACAGACCGAUUUAGUUAUGCUUCUAAAUCAUUCUCUGGACCAGUGUUGAGCAUUGAAAGAAAUCCAUUCGCGGAUAAAUAUUCACUCAGCGUCGGCGAUCAAUCGAUUCGAAUUUGGUCGGAUGAAAACCGUGAAACACCAAUUCAUCAAAGUAUUGAGUAUGCCCAUGAUCUAUCUUGCGGAGCUUGGAAUCGCAAUCGAUGCAGUAACUUCUUUAUCGGCCAUUCAAACGGUACGGUUGAUAUGUGGGACUUUAUGUACGAUCAUUAUGAGCCGAUUGCAUCCAUUUCAAUCGUACGCUCAAAAGUUGAACACAUUCGUUCACAUGCAAAUGGUAAACUCGUUAUUAGUUGCCAUAGCAACGGCGAUGUACAUUUGAUGCAAAUUUCCGACUUUUUGGCGUCGCAUAAAAUCGCUGAAAAGGCCAAACUCAUCGAAAUGUUCGAUCGUGAACUCAGGCGUGAAGUGCUGUUUUUGACCAAAAUCCGAGAAGCCAAAAUGAUAAUUACGCAACAGAAGGACGAACCGGGCUUUGCCGAAGACGAUGACACAAAGAAACCCAAUGUAGAAACAGCCAUCAACAAUUCUAUCAAGCGGAAAACGGACGAUUAUAAGAUUACUGUGGUUAUGGCGAAUGAAUAUGAUGAAAAGAAUUAG